AAUUUGUUGAUCUUGCUUGCAUCAUGGACAGUGGCGUGGACUUACAGCAGGACUGUGAUAAUUGAUGUCACUUAUUGUGAACUAAACAGAAUGGACGGUGUGCAGGAUCAAAUGGUGGAAGGAGAAGAGGCCGAGUUGAAUGAACAGAAUAGAGAGCCGUUUGUUAACCUCUGCAAAACAAGUUUAGGGCAUACAAAAAAUGUUUUACACUUCUUGGUAGAAGAUUGGUGCCUGUCAGCGAUACUUGGUAUUAUAACCGCGAUUUUAUCCGUUGUUAUGGAUAUUUGCAUAGAGAAAUUACAAGAUAGUCAUGUGACUUUCUAUAAGGCAUUCCGAAGACAUAAUUACCAUUACUUGGCUUUAUUACAAUGGUUACUCCACGUUGUCCUGCUCACAUUUCUCUCAGCUGCUGCCUGUUUAUGGAUUUCUAAGCAGGCUAUUGGAUCAGGCAUACCGCAAGUAAAAGUGAUAAUGCAUGGUUUCAAAAUGGAAAAUUAUCUUACAGUUCGAACUCUGAUUGCAAAAAUGAUUGGUUUGACAUUAGCUAUCGGUAGUGGCCUUCCAAUUGGAAAGGAAGGACCAUUUGUGCACAUGGGUGCCAUUGUGGCAACUGUUUUGAGCAAGAUAAGCACUACUUGCAAAUAUACUGCUUUUUUUUCCAAUGAAGGUCGAGAAAUGGAAAUGCUUUCUUCCGGUUGUGCUGUUGGUAUUGCGUGCACAUUUUCAGCACCUGUUGGAGCUGUGCUAUAUGCGAUUGAAUCCACAUCCAAAUAUUUUGCUGUUAAAAAUUACUGGCGUAGUUUUCUAGCUGCAACAUGGAGUGCUAUUGUUUUUCGAUUUGCGAAUUUUUUCAUGACAGAAAAAUCUGGAACUAUUACAGCUUUUUAUCAGACGACCAUUCCUACUGAGUCAUUCUUGAUUGAAGAAUUACCGAUAUUCGCUUUACUGGGAUUACUUGGUGGAAUAUUUGCAGCGCUUUUCAUUUUCACUCAUAAGAGGAUAAUUUUAUUCCGACAAACAAAUCACGUUUAUCAAAUGGUUUUCCGAAAGAACUUUUUUGCAUUCACAAUACUAAUGGCACUAGUCGUUGGCAUACUCACUUAUCCUGAAGGUUUUGGACGUUACAUCGCUGGACAGUUGACGUUUCGUGAAACGAUGGCAGAUUUUUUUAGCAGUUGUACAAUGCAUAUUACAAAUUUCAGUAGACAACCCUGUAGUGAAAAACUUCUUCAGCAUUGGAUUGGCAGUGGCACAUCAGAAGCACACAUUAAUAUAUUUCUCUCUCUGACAUGUUACUUAAUCACCUAUUUCUUUCUCGUCUCUAUUUGCAUAUCAAUAAAUGUACCAGCAGGAGUUUUCGUACCCUCUUUUAUAAUUGGAGCUGCUGGUGGUCGUCUAGCAGGUGAAGUGAUGGCACUAUUUUUUCCGGAAGGCAUCCGUGGACCUGCUGGACCACCUAUUUUCCCCGGUCUUUAUGCAGUUGUUGGUGCAGCAGCUUAUACAGGCGCAGUAACACAUACACUCUCUGUAGCAGUAAUUUUAUGUGAACUCACUGGUCAGCUCACUCCAAUACUGCCGGUUUUGAUAGCUAUGUUAGUUGGUAAUGCAGUUUGCAAAUUUCUGCAGCCUUCCAUUUAUGAAAGCAUCAUUCGAAUCAAAAAAUACCCAUAUUUACCGGAUUUACCACCUUCGCGCAUUAGUGUUCAUACAAUAAAGGUCGAAGAAAUUAUGGUGCAGAAUGUUGUUUAUAUAACGAAAUUUACAACCUACAGAGAACUUUUGGAGUUACUGUGUCUUGCGCCAACACUCAGAAGUUUCCCUGUUGUGACAGAUCAAAAAUGUAAGAUAUUGCUCGGAUCAGUUGCAAAAAAACACUUGGUUGCAAUGAUCAAAAGGGAUUUAAUAGAUGUGGAUCAUGUUUCUAGCAGACAAAUACCUAAAGAAUUCUAUAACAAUAUUAAAAAAUCUAUGCGAUUAUCCGAACAACAAAGAAGUCCUAAGAAAGAUGAGAAUGAGGAAGGAGCGUUGGCAAUGAGUUAUAUGGAAAAUUUUCCCAAUGAAAGCGCAAUUCCUGGUAAUACUUUGCGAUCUAUAUCAUCUCUUCAUCUACUCAGUGAUGCUUCACUGACAACGAUGUUGAAGGAAUCGACCAGCAAUAAAUUGCUGAAGGAGAGGUUGAUAGAUGAGGAGAGUUUACUCGAUCGAGUGAUAGAUUUUGAUCAAGUGGUCAUUGAUUCUGCUCCUUUCCAGCUCGUUCUUGGCUCAUCAUUGUAUAAAGUGCAUACGUUGUUUUCGUUACUGGCGCUAUCUCACGCUUAUGUUACCGAUCGAGGUCGUUUGGUAGGUGUCAUCGCAUUAAAAGAAGUAAUUCUUUUACUUUUUUAA